AUGGAUGAGGUGAAUUUUAGCUUAUCUCAUCUAGCCUACGGAUUAAGCUAUAAAACUUAUCAAAAAUUAGAUGCCCUUGGUGAGAGUGCCGAAAAAGUAGGAGGAUUGAAAAAAAAACUGAAAGAAGAAGGACUGAAAGAAGAAGGACUGAAGGAAGAGGGACUGAAAGAAGAGGGACUGAAAGAAGAAGGGCUGAAAGAAGAAGGACAGAAAGAAGAAGGACAGAAAGAAGAAGGACUGAGAGAAGAAGGACUGAGAGAAGAAGGACUGAAAGAAGAAGGACUGAAAGAAGAAGGACUUGAAAGUAGAAGGACUGAAAGUAGAAGGGCUCGAAGAAGAAUGCAUAUGCGAGAAGAGAAAGCGCAAAACCUAGAGGCAUGA